AAAUUUGUGUGUAUAUAUAUUAAAUGAAAGCUAAUACGUCUUGAGACAAUAGUUUUAAGGCGUGAGACAGAUUAGAUUGUAAUAUCAAAUGAUAACCCAAUAACCGUUUUGAACACUUAAUCACAAAGGAAAUGGAUAAGGCGGUGUGUGCUCUGAUUUUUACUUCUUGCAUUGGAUUCGCUUUCAGCGACAAUUCCACCGCAACAGCGACAGAGGAUGCUUGGAAACAGACUGGGAUAUGCAGGAAGUGUUCCUGCAAGGAUGUCAAAGUAGACUGUUUCGAUCAAAGCCUAACAGAUUAUUUCAGUAAAGAUGAAUGGAGUCUUUUAAAAGAUCUCAAACCGGAUGUGGUCGAUCUGAGCGAGAAUCUGUUCAGGAAUGUGACCGUCAUGGCCGAACUUCCGAUCAGAGUGUUGAAUUUAUCUCGAUGUUCUAUCGAGUUCAUAGAGAACGGUAGUUUUAAAGAUCUACAAAAAAUGGCAGUUUUGGACCUCAGUCACAAUAAGCUGACCACUGAGAAGCUCAGUCCGCACGCGUUUGAGGGUCGUUACUCCCCCGAGGAGUUUGAGCCUCUCUCGUCGAUGCGGACCCUCAGCCUCGCAUACAACGACCUCCACUCCCUGAACCAGGAUCUCUUCGAACAUCUCCCGGAACUGACUGAGCUGGACCUCAGUGGAAACCCAUUGACCACGAUCGACCAUGUCACCCUCAUAGCGAUAUCCAGUUUGCCAAUGUUGAAGGUCCUUCGGAUGCGUUCCUGCGACCUCACGGAGGUUCCAGAGAAGUUUCUCCACACACCACGCUUCUUGGAACACCUGGAUCUCAGUGAUAACAAACUAACAGCUGUACCCCAAGAGCUGGAGGAGACCAAGAACCUGCUGUUCCUGAACCUCAACCAGAACCCAAUCGUUGAACUCGACGCGACUUCAGAGAAAUACCCGGGAUUCCCCCGGCUUCGAAAACUACAAGAGCUGCACAUGUGCAACAUGAAGCGACUCACCCGUAUCGGUGCUGGUGCCCUCGCUGGGUUAGAAAAUAUACAGAGACUGCAUAUCAGCUUUAACCCAAAAUUGAGGGUAGUUGACCCCAAGGCAUUGGCUAGACCUGACGAUAUAGGAGAAACUUACGACUGGCCUAUCGUUAAAGAGUUGUAUCUCCAGUCCAACAAUCUGUCUGAGAUAGACUCCCAGCUCGUAUCUCGCUGGGAUUUAUUGGAUAAAGUGGAUGUCUCCAACAACCCUUUCCUCUGUGAUUGUACCACUCAGUGGAUGGUGGACAUGUUGGUACCGCUCGUGGAGUCCAAGGCGGUCAACUCCUCGCAGAAGAUGGUAUGUAACGAGCCAGUGGAGAUGAAAGGUUACACCUUCUACCACCUGAACGCUGGGCACAGAACGCUUCGCUGUCUGGACAAGUACGGCCACAGGCCUGAGAGGGACGGGGCCAUGCUUUUAGGGACUCUCAUCGGGGUCCUGCUGGCUGUUCCUAUAAUGUUCGGCAUCAUGAUGCUGUGGCGACACGGCCACCUCUCCUGCUUAGGGCUCCGGGGGCAGGACGUGUCGCGCGCUUUCUACAAACGAGCGCCCGCCGAUGAAAACUAUAUAUAGGUUGAAAUAAGUCUAACAUAGAAUUUUAUUGUAAUAAAGUUUGCUUUUAAUUUA